AUGGAGAAUGCAUUGACCAAGUUGUGGGAUAAGUAUGAAGAGUGCAGGAGGAGCAAGAUUGAGGACAAUCUGGAAAGCUCAUUUGCUGCUCACAAUCUGACACAACAGAAGAUCAAGCUGCAGGCAAGUUAUGAGAGGUUGGUUGAAGAUGUCAACGGCCUUUUGGAUGCCCAGGAGCAGAGGGCUCAGAUGGAGAGAGGUAAGAUGCAGAACAAACCUGAUGAGAGCAAGCUGCAGGAGAAGUAUGACAUGCUCAAGAACCUGACAGUUGCUCAAGCCAAUGUCAUUAGGAACAUGAAGUUGAAGCUUGCGGAAGAGAAGAUUAAGUUGCAGGCCCACAUUGAUGAGCUUGAGAAGGUUGUCGAGCAGACCAAGCUAAAGCUGAAUGGGAUCAAAGCCAUCUUAGAUGAAUGA